CAUAAUUGCUCUAUUAUACAUGCAUCAAUACUAAGUUCUUGUGCAAUAUGUCACGGAGGGAUCCAACAAAACCAGCAGAGCCUGUCGCGUAUAGCUCGAAGACCAGCGGCAACGAUAUCUUCGCGGCUGAUCGCGUCACCACCGAGAUUAGCGGUCCAACAGACAGUCAUAUUCUUUCUAAGGUGGAUCAAGAUGAUAAAGGACUGGCUCAGAAGGCUGGACAAACAGACACUGUCACGGAUGUGGGCUGGAAUCAACACCCCGACGAGCUUGACGAGCAGAUCGUGUCCGGAAUCUCAAAUGAAGAUCUUUGGAUGCUGAUUCGACGUUUCAACAAGCAAAUCUAUUAUGUGAAAGCGGUGCCGCAUCCCCCCCUGCAACGACUGGACCUCAACCGGGCCGAAGAUGAGCAAUUCUCCCCUGAUAAGCUGCGCGCUACCCUUGAGCGAUUCUACACAACCAUUAUCGUCUCGUUAACUUCAUUCGUCAAUCAUAUUGCCAGGCUACGCUCAUGGAGGGAGCGCCAACGGACAGCGGCAUUCUGUGCUGUUUAUUUUGCUGCGUGGGCCUUGGAUCUGCUUGCUCCGACAAUCUUCACCCUUCUAAUAGUGCUGGUUAUUAGUCCUGAUAGCAGGUCAUACUUGUUUCCUCCUGCUCCUAUAGCUCUGGUGGAUAAGGAUACCGGUGGCGUGCAAAAGCCCAAAGCCGGCGUCUUGGGUUCCCAUGAUAGUAUCGCUGGGGCACCCGAGAAUAUGAAGGGUGAAGCUGCCGAACAGGAAGCUAGCAACCUCUUUACAAGCGUUGCUAGUGUUGCUGUUGGUAGCGUUGCCGGCAAGCAUGAUCAAGGGACACCUGAUGAUGCCCCAAUGGAAGAUAAUGCUCCAGAUGUGAUGAAGCUUGCUACCAGCGCAGCAGAUGCCCAGACAGCUGCUCGUGGGGAAGCCCCGGACGAAGCUCAUGAUAAGACUAGGCAACCCAUGAGAGAUACCGUUUACAACGGUGCUAACAUGGCAAUGCGCGUGCUGAGCGACAUAAUUGACACCUAUGAACGGUUUGGCAACGCUUUGUCACCAACUCCUCCGUUCUCCAUCGUGACUCCCUACGUCCGCCUAACAGCCGUGCUAUCUGUUGGUUUCCUGAUCUCACUCAUCACUUCCAGCUACGUCUUUGUCAAAAUGAUUACUUUCGGUACUGGAUUCGCUUUCUUCGGAGACCCGAUCAUUUGGCGUGGUGUGGCCUACUUGAAUCGCGAGUACCCCCGAUGGGAGAAAUUGCUCGAGCUCCAGAACUCCCUGCUGAAAGGAAUUCCCACCAACGCACAACUCACCCUAACUCUUCUCCGAAUCGGCGAAGCCAACGGUGCCCCCCUCCCACCACCACCAUCCCACUCCCUCCACCAAACACCAUACCACCCGGCCCCCAUCAACGACAAGGAUAUCAACAUCUCCGCCUCAGAAGAAGAAAUUAACCAAGCAAUCGCCCCCUCCCCCGAACCCGUCAUCGAAGAACACGAAGUACACCCCAAACCCCACAAGAAAGGCUUCAUGAACCGCAUGAUCGGCUUCUUCCGAGGCACCACCGCCACAGGCAUCCAAAGCAAGCUCGCCGUUGACCGAGCCCGCGCAGCCGCCGGCUCCAAGCACGCCAAACCCCGCGUCGGUGUGCUCCGCAGCAAAGGCAAACUCACCCUCCCAUCAGGCCCCAUCCAAUUCGAUGGGCGAUACAAAGGCAAGCGGGGCGUCGUGGUGCUCGACCAGUCCCAGAAGCCACCAUUGCUUUACUUCACGACGGACCAGACCGUGCAGUUGGAUAAACCUGGUCUGGAACAUCGGCCGAAAGGCACAGUGCUGUUCACGAUGCCUGUGACGGAUAUUUUGGAGAUGAGGAAGAUCGGUGGACUUGGGUGGAAGGGGAAGUUGGUCACGGGUUGGGCUGUGGGUGAGAGUAAGGAGGUUGUGGAUGGAAUGGUGCUUACGGGGAGGUUGCCGGAGCAGAAGUACCAGCUUACGGCUAUGAAGACUCGCAAUCAGUUGUUUAAUCGACUGGUUGCUAUUGAUGGACAGGUUUGGGAAAGUUAUUGAUCUUGGUUUGGAUGCUUGCUAAGGUGUUUUUCAGGUUUGGAAGUAGUGAGGUCUCGAGCUUUGUUGAGGUGGUGAAUGGUAUGAUGGUUAGGAAUUUGUGCAUAUGGGAAAGUUGGAGAUAUGGUCACAAUGGGUUUUGUGUACAGAUGUUUUAUUGUACUGGUAUAAUUG